AUGAACAGUGACGAAUUAUCUAGUGAGCGAAGGGACUGUCCUCCUUCUGACUUUCAAAGGGAUGCGCUUCCUCCGGCGGAAAUGGAUCAUGUAAUGAACAUUCAUGACCCAAUCAAUAUCAAGCCUCGGUCAGCUCCGUAUCAGCAUCAUUCUCAUGGGCAGUACUCGUAUCCUCCUCCACACUAUCAGUACCCGGGAUCUAGACAUCCAAUCCAAUCUGUGGUAACCACUUCGUUCAGCACUGAUGAACAGGAUCGUGAAGAUCGAUCUGCAUUUCGCCCGCCUUAUCUUCCUGCUCCACGCAACUCAUAUGCUGACUAUCCUCCGCAUGAUGGCCGCUACUUUGAACGAACCGCAUCGACAGAUGCAGGAGCCCCCUACCAAUAUCGCCCUUUUGAGGGUCACAACAUUGACAGCGAACAGAUGCACUAUGCAAGGGAACUUCCUCCUAUCCAAGAAGCCGAUGUGGAACUUCGUACUCCACCACAAGAAGUCAUUGUCCCAAGAAGCAGUAUGCGGGUUCCUCCAAGUCCACGAGAGCAGCCUCCUCCUCCUUUCGGAGCUCGUCCAGAGGGAAUUCCGCCUGCGUCGAGCUUCCACAGCGAUGGUCCGUUGAAGAGAAGCUUUUGGCACCACGCCAGACCGACUGAUGAAUAUCAUCAAGGACCGUCGAUUCCGAACGAAUUCAUGCCUCCCAAAAGGGCUAAAGUCGGAACGAGUGGCGGCGGAAGACGAGAACUUCUGCUUGCCCCAAGCAGAACUUUUUCGCAAGAAUUCACGGAUAUGCCAGCUUCGGCUGAACGGGACACAAGAUCAAGAGGUCACGGCGGUUGGUUCAACCGAGGAAUGUCAUGGGACACUCGGGAUGACCACUACAGCCGAAAGGGAAAUGGAAGUGAAAUCUACCCAAGUCACUCAUGGAACAGAAGUCCACAAAGAGAGGGAAACAUGAUGCAACAUUGGGACACUCCAUUUGCUCUAUCUCCAAGAAACAGAUAUCCAACGGGAGAGGGUGGACGAUACGAGCUUGCUCAAGGACACUCGUGGAGCCCUAAAUGGCAUCAACAUGACGAUCAGCGUUGGGGCAUGCCUCAAAAUAGGGAUGAUACUGAGGCUAUGCACUUCGGUCCUCCCAUGGAAGAACGAGAGGCAUACGAGCGUUUCCGCCGCCAAGGAACCUUCGACUCGCGAUCAGAGCCCGAACCGCCCGUGCGAUACAUCAACGCUCCAGCAAUGCCAACUCACGCAUCGCCAAACUACCCAUCCACUCCUUUGUCUCAUCGCAUUGCUCCUCCAAAAAUGGGCGAUGCACCCUUUCUCGGUGCCACUUCUGAUAUGCAACCAGUUUCAUCAUCACAAACGAAGGGACCGAUUCGUCUUCUCGCGCUUUCGGGAGAUAGAGUAACACUCAGCGAAACUCUUUGCUUGGUUCGCGAGAACAUUGAAGUUUUCACAGCAACAAAGGAAGAUGUCGAUGCUCCAGCUCCAGGACGAAAACAGGCUAUCGUGGUUGGGCAAGUAGGUUUGCGGUGUAUCCAUUGUAGACAUACCACUAAGUCCAGCGAACGAGUGAAGAGAGCCGUCUGCUACCCAUCUUCCAUCAAGCGCAUUUACCGUUCAGUCAUUGACAUGAAACUUGAUCACUUCUUGCAUUGCAAGUUUGUCCCUGUUUCUUUGAAGGAUAGGCUCAUUGCACUCAAGGCAAACAACACACGAAGUACUGGAACAACAAUGCAAUACUUCAUCAAGGCCGCUUCAUCAUUGGGAAUGGUUGACGCUAGCUCUGGUGUUAGGCUGACGGAGAUUGCCCCAGGUCUUUCACCCCCUCCUCCACCAUCCAGUUCGGAAAAUGCCAAACAUGGCAGUCCAAGAAUGGAGACAGAAAAGGAUAAAAGAGCUCUAAUUGCACCAAUGAGCCCACUGAGUCCACCUCAAAUCGACCGAAACAACUCUUUGUCGUCUGAAGGGACUGAAAGCGCUGGAACCGUCUUGGGUGAAGACGACUUGCCAGAGGCAUUCACAGGAUGUGUUUCGCUAGCAAUACCAGAGGACGAAAAAGCUUUGAGCCCACUUCGUUGCUUCCUUCGAGAGCAAGUUUGCGCCUUUUCUGCCACAGAAGAGGAUAUCGCGGUCCGCACACCAACAACGUUCUCCGUCUCGGUUGGUCAAGUUGGAGUUGCAUGUAAACACUGUUUGAAAGAACCAGCAAAGUCCAGAUUGAAUCGAGCAGUAUGCUUUCCCUCUUCUGUUACAAGGAUUUACCAAUCUGUUGCUGAUAUUCAGCGCUACCAUCUUGGUGAAUGCAAAAUGGUUCCAGCCGACAUCAAGGAACAGUUUGCAGAGCUCCAGCAAGCAAGUUCGAAGGGAUCGAAAGGCCUGGCAACGAGACAGUACUGGAUCAACUCCGCCAAAAGAAUUGGGUUGGUCGAUACGACCAAGGGAAUCAGGUUCGGACGGGAUCCUUCCCAACCAGCAGAGAAGGCAUUCUCGUUGGACAUUCUUGCGCAAGUGGCUUCGCAUGUUACUACUGUGAAUCGCCCAAUUGUGCUACCCGAGGACCAACCAAGCAUCGCCGAGUUCAUUUACGUCGUUAUGCAACAAUUGCAACCUUGCCGAUUCACGGAGGCUGAUCGCAACAAGAGACGCUUGAAGGAUGUUGGGUGCAUUGGGGUUGAAUGCAAACACUGCGCAGGCAAGGUUGACAGCCGAAAGUUCUUUUGGUCUAGUGUCAACGCAGUUGAAUCAAACUUUGUUUCAGUCCACACUCAUAUGGGGGAAUGCAAACAUGUGCCCGAAGAACUGAAAGAGAAACUUGCUAAUCUGAAGAAGCUUCGAAAGGAGCAAACAUCUGCACUGAAGACUGGAUCUCAGAAAGCAUUCUUCUCACGAAUCUGGGAGCGACUCCAUAAGGAAGAACAGAAGGCUGAAGAAGCUGAGAAGAAGGCUGAAGACGUCGUCGACAUGGGAUCCAAUGAUGUCGAGAUGAAGUCUGACCACGACAAUAAAAUGCUGGAAGACGAGGAGGAGAAGCCACAAGGUGACUCAGCUGACGCCGUUGCAAGCAAAAGUGCACUCUCUCUGCACAGCGAAUCAGAAACAGCACCACUCUCUCCAAUCCCUCAGUCGAAGGAGACCGGUGGUAUUGAUGCACUGAAGACACCACCCUUGGUUUCGCCAUCGACUGACAAGUUGAAGGAUCAGAUGUCAAUGGUUACUGUCUAG